AUGUUGUCUCUCGGUCAAGUUACAGCCAUACUCGCCUUCACUGGCGCGGCUAUCGCCAGCCCUACCCCAGAGGCAGAUGGUGCUACCUUUUCGCUUCAUCCAAUCCCUGGAUCUGCAUCCACAAAGCAUGGACUGGAUCAGUUGAUUGAAGUCAGGCGUAGAGCCGGAGUCGAAGUACACCCAAGGCUCGUCGAGGCUGCAGAGAAUGCUGGGCGUCGUCUACGCAGAGCCCGUUUGGCAUCUCGCAGCACAGGUCGAAAAGUGACUGGGGCUUCAUGGGGAUGGAGUGAGGACAAAUAUGAUACUGAGUACCUUUAUCCGGUCCAAAUUGGUGGCAAGAACGGCAAGACGUUUCGCGCCAGUAUUGGCACUGCUGCCUCAGAUUUCUGGUGCCAUUCUUCCGCACAGCCCAAGAAACAGAACGUCGGGUACACCUACUACGAAAUCAACCCCGCCCACCAAAAGGUCGGCUCUAACUACUCGAUUGGAUACAACGGCGCUGAAGCAGAUUCUUACGGCAAUGUGUAUGUCGAAGAUGUGACGAUCGGCGGUAUUACCACCAAGCAAGCAUUCGGCGCAGCCAGUGGCCUGUCGCAGGCAUUCCUAUCAGACACGGAUCUGGACUGCUUGGUCGGUCUCGGCAACAGCUCCUACAACAGCAUCGUGCCCGAGUACGAGAAUAACUUCUUCGACAACAUCAUGAAACAGCUUGCCAAGCCCGUCUUUGCCUACGCCGAGAAGAAGGGCGGCUCCGUUUUCGACUUUGGAUUCUUUGACCCCAACCAGUACACCGGCAGGGUUGCCUGGGUCAACAACGCACCUGAGGCUGGCUGGCCUGCAUACGCCUUCUACGGCGAGGGCUUCAGUCUUUUCGACCCCAACGCCAAAGUCACCCCAAGAAAAAUGAACAUCCAUCUCGAUGCCUCGACCACCCUUACCUACACCGACCCUGAUAUCGUCACCGCGUGGUACAAAUCUAUCCCCGGCUCAAAGUACGACGACGACCAGCAGAUGCACAGCGUGCCUUGUAACAGCAAGCCCGGUGGCUUCACCAUCGUCAUCGCCGGUCAAAAAUUCUUCACUCCCGGUUCGCAACUCAUUUCCAUUCCCCUUGAUGAUCAGGGCAAGAUGUGCCUCGGUGGCCUGCAGAACAUUGGCGGCGGCGUCGAUUUCAGCCUCUUUGGCACCACGUGGCAAAAGGGCAAGUAUGUCAUGCACGACUUUGCCAAUCCUCAUGCUGUUAGGCUUGGGUUUGCUAUGCAGCCCGGUGCUAGCCACUAA